AAAUGGAGAUUGAACAGAGUGAGCAAAGGAGGCAUUCGCCAUCGUUGAUGGUUGUAUGGCAGGCGUCGUAAAACGGGCGGGUCGCUGCAGCGAAGAAUAGAGCGUAUUUGUGUGCUUAAUGACUGUCGAAAGUGGACCGAAUCGAGGAAGAAAAUAGCCGCGAGCAGUUGAGAGUUCAGUGAAUCAGAAUUAGCGAAAUGUCAUCAGCUCAACUCGAUCGUCAAAUGAGGAUGGGGAGUGUGAAAGAAAGGAAGGAGAACGAGAAGGGUAAAAAAUCUGUCAACCUGGUUUACAAGAAGCACAAGCACGAGGAAAGUCGUCAUUUUAAGUUCAGCAGAAAACGUUCGCAGAGUUUUACAGGGAAUGGUAAAUUUUUCCCACCUCAUAAACGGCGUAAGAAAGACGGAGGUAUUAUUCCGCCGACAAAGUUUUUGCUCGGCGGUAACAUCUGCGAUCCGUUGAAUCUGAACAGCAUGCAAGACGAGGAGAUAAACAGAGCGAUGAAUGCAGUUACUCCGAAGUCGAGUCCUUUGCCGACGCCGAAACAUAGGAAAGGCGCCAUCGAAGUUAUCAUUCCGCCUAACAUAUGCGACCCUCUGAAUCUGAACAAUUGUAAUGACGAUGAUGAGUACGAGAAACAUCUAAUUUCCCCCACAAAAAAGGGCUCCAAGAGACGAAACAGAAAACGCAAACGCGCAUCGUCCAGCUCUGGAAGGGACGACGCUAUUGAACCAGCUUCGGAAGCAAAGAACAGCGAAAAGGAAUCGGUAGAAAAUGCCGAACCUGUGCCUGCUGGCGUUGAAGAGAAGGUCGAAAUUAAGCUUGCCCCUGCACCUCUGAGUUCUCCGCCUAGUAAUCCUCCAGUAGUGGAAACUAAACCAGAAACUACUAGUCCUCAGAAAGAUAAGAACAAGUUACGCCUCAAGGGGCUGGACGAUCUGAAAGACAAACGACUGCGUAAGGUGGACGUUAAGGAUAAAAUUGUCAGUCCUGUUAUCCCACAACCUGGGGCUUGGAAACCGAGACCGCAGCAUCGUGCUAGUCAGGACAAAAAGAAAAAGGCACAAAAAUUGCCCAACUUUAGAGCCAAGGAUGCGCAGUAUCAAUACGGCAACUAUAACAGGUAUUACGGAUAUCGAAAUGCCCAUGCCGAAGAAGAUGGAAGACUCGGCGUGUUCGCCAGAAGAAAAGAGUUAUUCUACGGGAAGGACGUGCUGGACAUAGGAUGCAACAUUGGACACAUUACAUUGUCGAUCGCCCGUGAUUUUGCCGCACGUAGCGUGACUGGAAUAGACAUCGACAGGAAGCUGAUUAACAUAGCGAGGAAGAAUGUCAAGCAUUAUGUGAACUGUGUCAGAUCACCGGCGACUCAUGAAGACGGAGGGAAAGGAAAAGACUGCGACGCGAGCUUUUAUCCCCUAUCGAUGCCAAUCAGCUACGGACUUAUCGAUAUACCUGGUUUUACAAAGAACAAAAGUCAAAAAGGCUUCCCAUACAAUGUCACGUUUGUACAGGGUAACUAUAUAUUGGAAGACGACGCGCUGCUGGCUUCGGAACAGCCGCAGUUCGAUGCUAUAUUAUGCCUGUCGAUAACAAAGUGGCUGCACUUAAAUUUCGGCGACUUGGGGCUGCAGAGAGCUUUCAAAAGAAUGCACGCCCAGCUGAGACCCGGCGGUGUACUUGUACUCGAGCCGCAGAGUUGGGGCAGCUAUGGAAAGAAGAAGAAUCUCACUGAACGGAUAUACAAGAAUUAUCACAGCAUCGAGUUCUUACCGCACAAGUUUACACAGUAUUUGCUGUCACCGGAGGUCGGUUUCAGUAAAUGCGAGGUAGUUUCCAUACCGCCACAUCCUUCCAAGGGCUUCCAGCGGCCGAUUCAGCUUUUUACAAAGGCACCCCUGACUCCCGAGACCGCAGGUGAACCGACACCAAGCUCGAUGGCGCAAAGUGAACGCAGAGAUUUUGAAAGGGAUUUAUUUCCAAAGGAUUCUAAGAAGGAGGGAGGGAACAUGUCGGAGAUGAGUCAAAUCAGCACGGAGUCACUCAGCCAAUAUGAGCAGUUAGAAAAUGUUUACGCGCCCAGCGCCACACCCUGCUACGAUACCCCGUGCCACACAAACGAUAGUCAGCCGAUAGAGCCUAAGACGAUGUGUUACAUUGAUAUGGAUAUAGAGAAUGCGGAGAGCGCUGCUGCUAGUGCUGCUGCAAGUGCGGCAGUCGGUGGCAGAGGUGAGAAAACAGACAUCGGUAACGAUAACAAGCAGCAGUCAAAAGGCAGAUGAUAAGAAAUUUGAAGAACUGUCGAUGAUAAUCACUACGAGUAAAUUAACCGAGUAUCAACUAAAGCGGAUAAAAGUUCGACCGCAGAACGAGAGGGUGAUAUUUGAGAGUAGAGAAGGAAUAAAAAAAAAAAAAAAGGUACCUACUUGUGAUAAAUGAUGGACACGAUUGAAGCGGA